UAUGUGGCAUCACUGCAUUUGAGUGUUCUGCUGCUUUUGUUGAACUAAUUAGUGGUGAUUCAAACAAUGGAGCAGCAUGUAGAGCUAGCAUGUGAAGCUGCUAGCUUAGCGGCCGGCACCUGUGCUAAAAUUUUGAAUGGAGAAAAGUUUUUCAAAAUUAAAAAAACUGACGGCAAAAAUGCCGAGGCGGAAUGCCUCAAGUGCGGGAAGAUGGUGAAAGGAACCAUGAAACAGUCAACAAAUUAUUUGUUGCACUUAAAGUCUUUUCGCUCCGCUAACCGGUCGGGUAAGAAGCCGACGAGUGCUGGCACACCGGGAGAUGGUCGAGCUGGUGCUGCUCGUGGCUCCAAAUCGGCCAAAGGGCGCCGUUCCACCCGAGGCCCUAUGAUGGACCCAUUCAACUUGCCAAGAACGGAUGUCAAAUGGGAGCUGUUCACUUCCGUACCAUCCGAUGAUUUACAAACAGCAGUGCAGGAUUGCGAAUACGGGUUCCGUUUCAAAGUCGAAAACAGGGUCUCCAAAGGAAGAGUACAAUAUUACUACUGUCGUCGGAUUAAAGUGAAGGCCUCCCAGCAGUGCGGGCGAAGAAUGAUGGUGUUUAUCCCGAAUGGUUCAGAAAGAAACUGUAGCAUCAACCUAAAAGGCGCCCACACUUGCGAUACCGCAAAGAGCGAAGACUUGGCCAAGACAGUUCUGACCAAAGAAAACUACGCUGAAAUGGACCGCAUGCUGCGCAGCGGAAUUCCGUUAAAAGACAUCAAAAAGCACAUCAGGGCUUCGAAUCCGCAGGUCUCCAAGAACCGUGUGAACUACGCGAUAAUGCAAGCAUCACAAGCAAUGUACGGAUGUGGAGAGCUCUCCUUGGGUGAUCUAGCAGCCUGGGCCAAGCUCAAUUCAUCCACACCAAACAACCACGAAACGGGUUUCAUUAUUGGUUCCGAUAUCGAUGGUGGAACCGGUUGCUUCCGACUGGUGUAUUCCAGCAAAAAACUGCUGUCGCACUUCAGAACACUCGACAUACUGUCUGCUGAUUGUACAUUUAAGACUACCCUCCAGGGGUACCCACUAAUGGUUGUGUGCUUAGUGGACAAAAUGCGCCACGCGCACCCGGUGGCAUUUGCAACGAUCACCAAACAGGAAGAAGCCGACUACCACUUCGUUUUUGCUACCCUGCAGGAUCAAUGCACCCGUCUCGGUAUUCCCUGUUUGGUUCGGGCUUUUAUUAGCGAUGGAGAAAUCGCACUGAAAAAGGCCGCGAGAUCAGUCUUCGGUGAACAUCUGCUGUUGAUCAACUGCUACUUCCACGUAGUACAGAAUGUGAAGAAACAUCUAUCGAAAACGAAAGAGAGCUCCGAGCAUAAGGAUCAGGUCCUUAAGGACGUAAGCCGAAUUCAGCUGGCUCCAACGCAGAUACAUUUUGAACAGGCGUGUGAGUUGUUUCUCAUAAAAUACGAUGCUUUGCCCGGUUUCGCCCAUUUUUUUCAGAAAUAUGUCUAUAAGGAGUACUUCAAGAAUUGGUACGAGGGUGCUCUUCCGGGCUACCCGAGCACCAACAACUCUUUGGAAGCCCUGAACAGGGCGAUCAAAGAGCAUCACCUAGACCGUACCAGGGAACCGCUCGGCACUUUCAAAGCAAGAAUCAUGAGCGUGGUAGAAUACUAUGGCAAGGACGAACGUGUCAUUUGCGAAGAACGAACGUACUCGGUAGAGGACGAGCGAAUGGCAUACGAUUUCAUCCGCACGGGCAAGCGCACAAGAACUGUACACGAUUGGUCAGACCGUGUGAAACACUUGUAUUUCCCAACGGGGAACAAUGCGGAAGUAACCGGUCGAGAAAUUGAGGCUUUUAACAACUCGGACCGUCGCAGCCUGGAUCAUUACCUGACUGACAUGGAGGCAACUCAUCGCGUUACCAUGACGGAUACCCUAUGGUUCAACUGGAAUUGCACAUGCCGCUGGUUUUUCAAGCACAACAGUUGCUAUCAUGUCCUAGUUGCAGCUGUCACAAGCGGAGCAUAUCAACUGCGCCCGGAGGCUAACACGUUGCCAUUGGUCAAGAAGCGCCCCCCUGGAAGGCCGAAAAAAUGAGCAAGGCUCUUGUUAUUGAUUAAUCAUAUAUUUC